CCCGCCGCACCGGAGCGGAUUUCCUCGGUCCACCUUAACGCGAAGCUCGUUCCGCCGCCGGGGCGGGCGGGGAGGGCUCGGCGACGCGGGGCCGCCGGUUCAUUCCCCGGCGCCCCCCAGGCCGGGCAGGGGGCGCUGCGAGCCCUAGGGGCGCGCCGCCGGGCACGACCCCGCCGAGGGCGGGGGGGAACACACGGGGGGACGCGCCCGCUCCGCCGCCGGCGGCCCCGGGGAGCGGCGCGGGUGCACCUUGCACCCCGGAGGAGAGGCGACUGAUUGCCGGGCGACCGCUGGCCUCGGCGGGACCGGCGAGGGGGCCCGAUCCCGCCCCGCUGCGACUUCCCCGCCGGAGCUUUCUCCCCUCGCUGGCUGCACUUAGCCAGCGCUGUCAUGCCCUACCCGGAGCUCUGCUAUUAAAUAAUUUAGCGGCGGCAGCAGCAGCGCUUCCCUGCCCGCUUCUCACCUCCUCCCGGCCCCCGCCAUCAAUUAUUCAGGGCCAGCCCAGUAACUGCCUGGAGCCGGGCGCGGAGAGGAGGGCGGUGGCGGCGGGGCUCUACCUGGGGCCGGGCCGCUCGCCCGCUCUCGGAGCCCCGGAGGAAGCGCGACAGGUCCUCGGGACGGCAGCCCCCGCCGCACCGCGAAAAGUUACUGCCGCCUCGCCCCGGCGAGCAGAGGCCGCGGGAGGGUCCCUGCCGCCGCUCGGCUCUCCGGGGUGGGGGAGAGUCCGGGUGGCAGGAGGCGGCGAGGCCGCACCGGCUGCAUCGGAUCGACCCGGGCGCCUGGACUGGAUGCCGGUGGCUGCUUUGCUCCUCCCCGGUCGGUCCGGUCUCCCUAACUCCGGCUUCUCCUCUAUCCCCCACCCUCCCCUUCUUCUCCCGGCUCCUCCUCUUCUCCUUCCCCCUCGACCCUCCCCCAGCCCGACUGCCCCUGUCCUUGCGCCCUUCUGCCCUGGGUCCCUCCUGUCACCACCGCGUCGUCCUACCGCGCUUCCCCUUCCCCACCUAGCCCGCCCUUCUCCCAUUCUCUCUUCCUCCCUCUCUCUCACAGUGCGGCACCGCGCUCGCUUCUCGUGUGCGAGAUGUAUUAUUUAUUUAUUGGUGUUUAAUUUCCUGCCAGGUGGGGCUCUGCCUCCCACCUCUGCGCGCAGCGGGGCCGGCCGGGCCGGGAGGAGGUGGGCUGCUGCGCGCCCGUCUGCGCCCGAUCCCGAGAUAGCACCGAGACUUGAUUUUUGCGGGGGGGCGGGCAGGGGGAGGGGUGUCGGGAGGCGAGGAGGGGUGGCGAUGUUUGGGAUGCACAGCCCUGGGACGGGAACGCCGCGCAGACAGACAGGCAGACACACACACACACACACGGGCGCGCACACACACACCAAACCCGAAACCAAGGACAACCCCAAAAAGGACUCACUCUGCCUCGAUGACUCAACGCAACUAAUAACCGUUUCUCCGCUCUCUGUGGCGAGUCCCUCCUGCCGCUGCUGUCGCUGGCAGAGGAGGGAGCGAUUGAAAGUGACACACCGGGGGCCGCCGCCGCCGCUUCCCCGCGCCGCCAGGCACCCGCCGCCGCCGCGGAGCCCGGGAGAGCGGCGCUCCCUCCUCUUCUUCUCCCUACCCUCCCGUCUCCCCCCCGGUUUUGAUUUUCUCCGCUGAAGGUGGGAGAAGUCGGCUCCCUCUCCCCUCUCCUCCGCGCCGCAGCCGGCGGCCCCGCGGCUCCCCGCCCCCUCGCCCCGACCUCCCCGCUCCGCUCGCCACCCGGGACCCUCCGGGACGGGGCUCUUGGCCCCUGCCGCCGCGGGCAGCCGGCCCGGCCCCGCCGCCUCGGCACCCCCGGAGGAGGGCAAGGAGGGGGCCUGGGGGUGGGGGGAAGGAGUAAAAGGGAAGAAAGCGGCGUGAGAGGAGGAAACAAGAAAACUUUCCACCCUGGAUUCUCUACUUCUGAUCCAUGGACAGAGCCCAACUCAGCCAACUUACAGACAGGCUAUAAGCAGUCCGUGCUCCUUCUACUGCGACCUGCCAGCGGGAGCCGCGUCUCCGAGCAUGGAGCGGAGGAGUGAGAGCCCCUGCCUGCGGGACAGCCCCGACAGAGGCAGCGGCAGCCCCGAUGUCAAAGGGCCCCCACCGGGGAAGGUGGCCAGGCUGGAGCAGAACGGCAGCCCCAUGGGCACCCGCGGGAGGCCCAACGGCGCCGUCACCAAGCCCGUGGGAGGUUUGAUGAUUCCAGUCUUUUGUGUGGUGGAGCAGUCAGAUGCCUCUCUUGAAUAUGAUAAUCGAGAAGAGCAUGCCGAGUUCGUUCUGGUUCGCAAAGAUGUGCUCUUUAGCCAGCUGGUGGAGACAGCGCUCCUGGCUCUGGGGUAUUCCCACAGUUCUGCAGCUCAGGCACAAGGAAUAAUCAAGCUUGGGAGGUGGAAUCCCCUCCCUCUCAGUUAUGUGACUGAUGCACCAGAUGCGACAGUAGCCGACAUGCUACAAGAUGUCUAUCAUGUUGUGACAUUGAAAAUCCAAUUACAAAGUUGUUCAAAGUUGGAAGACUUGCCAGCAGAGCAGUGGAACCACGCCACAGUUCGCAAUGCCUUAAAGGAACUGCUCAAAGAGAUGAAUCAGAGCACAUUAGCCAAAGAAUGCCCUCUCUCACAGAGUAUGAUUUCAUCCAUUGUAAAUAGCACAUACUAUGCCAAUGUGUCAGCAACCAAGUGCCAGGAGUUUGGGAGAUGGUACAAAAAAUACAAGAAGAUUAAAGUGGAAAGAGUGGAAAGAGAAAACCUUUCAGACUAUUGUGUUCUUGGUCAACGUCCCAUGCACUUACCAAAUAUCAACCAGCUGGCAACCUUGGGAAAAACUAACGAACAGUCUCCUCAUGGCCAAAUUCACCACAGUACUCCAAUCCGAAACCAAGUGCCAACGAUGCAGACAAUGAUAAACCCUGGGCUCCUGUCUCCUCAGCUCAGUCCACAACUGGUGAGGCAGCAGAUAGCAAUGGCCCAUCUGAUAAACCAACAGAUUGCUGUCAGCCGGCUAUUGGCUCACCAGCACCCACAAGCUAUCAACCAGCAGUUCUUGAAUCAUCCACCCAUCCCUAGAGCUGUCAAACCAGAGCCAUCAAAUUCAUCGGUGGAAGUCUCUCCAGAUAUUUACCAGCAAGUCAGAGAUGAGCUGAAGAGAGCCAGUGUGUCUCAAGCUGUCUUUGCAAGAGUAGCAUUCAACCGCACACAGGGCUUGUUGUCAGAGAUCCUGCGUAAAGAAGAAGACCCUAGGACAGCUUCCCAGUCUCUCCUGGUAAACUUAAGGGCAAUGCAGAAUUUCCUCAACUUGCCUGACUCUGAGCGGGAUCGUAUCUAUCAGGACGAGAGAGAGAGAAGUAUGAACCCCAACGUGAGCAUGGUGUCUUCAGCUGCCAGCAGCCCAAGCUCCUCCAGAACCCCCCAGGCCAAAACCUCGACACCAACAACAGACCUCCCCAUUAAGGCGGACGGCGCCAACGUCAACAUCACAGCUGCCAUUUAUGACGAGAUCCAACAGGAGAUGAAAAGGGCCAAGGUAUCUCAAGCUCUGUUUGCCAAAGUGGCUGCCAAUAAAAGUCAGGGCUGGCUGUGUGAGCUGCUUCGCUGGAAAGAGAACCCAAGUCCGGAAAACCGCACCCUUUGGGAGAACCUCUGCACCAUUCGCCGCUUCCUGAACCUUCCCCAGCAUGAGAGAGAUGUGAUCUACGAGGAAGAGUCCAGACAUCACCACAGUGAGCGUAUGCAGCAUGUUGUCCAGCUCACCCCUGAGCCCGUGCAGGUGCUGCACAGACAGCAGUCCCAGCCUGCGAAGGAGAAUUCCCCACCUAGAGAAGAGGCUCCUCCUCCACCCGCUGAGGACAGUUGUGCCAAAAAGCCAAGAUCCCGUACCAAGAUCUCCUUGGAAGCUCUAGGUAUCCUUCAAAGCUUUAUCCACGAUGUGGGUCUCUACCCUGAUCAGGAAGCCAUCCACACCCUCUCUGCUCAGCUGGAUCUCCCCAAACACACCAUCAUCAAAUUCUUCCAGAACCAACGUUACCACGUAAAGCACCAUGGGAAGCUAAAAGAGCAUUUGGGAACGGUGGUUGACGUGGCAGAGUACAAGGAUGAGGAGCUGCUGACGGAGUCGGAGGAGAACGACAGUGAGGAGGGCUCUGAGGAAAUGUACAAAGUGGAGCCUGAGGAGGAGAACCCCGACAAAAGCAAGGCGGCUCCAGCGGACAUCGACCAGAGAUAAUGUGAGAUAGGAGUGCAGAAAGCAAUACAUUGCUCCAAGGAUUUUCUGGUUUUAUUUUUAAUUUUUUCCUCUUUUUACUUUUUGUUUGUUUGUUUGCAUUGCGCAUGAUCCAUGUGCAAACCGAAUGAAUUCAGCAUUGCCCGAUCAGACAUCGCCUUGACACAGACACUCGAGUGUUACACUUCCUACAUUUGACUGAAGUAAUCAUUGUAAUCACAUAGGAUUAUGCCUUCAUUAAUCUUGCACUUAUGAAAGGGACAUCUAGCAAGUAAAUGGGAAGAAAAAGUCCUAUGAAAUCAAUGAAGGAAAAUUUACAACUUUGUGUGUAUAUAUAUAUAUUUACAUAAAAUAUAUAUAUAUUAAAAUUGCAUGGGACGGAACUUUACAACCUGAAAGUAUAGACUGUGAAAUGAGUUCUUUAAAGAUGAGACUUGUUUAUGUAUUAAAACCACUUCACAAUGAGUUGCUUUGGCUUUUUGAUAAACUGCCGCCUGCUCUCAGGGUGUGGUGACUAUUUUUGAAUUCCUAUUUAUUUUCUAUGUUUAUCCCUGAUUUUUUUUUUUUUUUCAUUAUUAUAUGGCUUCCUAUCUGGCAACUUGAUGGGUAAUUUUUGAGGUAUGUAUUUAAAGAUGUAAAUCAACACUGCCAAAAAAAGAAAAGAGGAAAAAAAGAGAGAAAAUGGAAAAACAAAUCAGGGCACCUUAAAAAGAAAACUAGUAAGUUAAAGUACUUUAAACACAAUGCACACUUAAAAGGAUACAGCAUGUUCCACUCUCCAGACAGUCUCCUUUCCGUAGUGAACAGAUGAAUUUUCAUGGGAUUCAAAAUGACUAAAACUGUAAUUCAGUGCAUAGAAGACUUGUCCGCUAACGAGGUCUUUAUAGAAAGAGAAGAAAGAUAACGUGUUGAGAUUUGAUGUAUGGAAUUCAUACUAUGAACCACAUUUUACUGUGGAUUUUAUUUACCUGUUCUCUGUUUCAGAUCUUAAAAUUUAUAAGCUUCCUUCUUGUUGUUGCUUUUUGUUUAUACUGAGGUGAAACACAGACACACACAAGCGUAAAGUUACAUUGGGACACAAAAUGGCACAAUCCCAACAAUCCCGUCCAGGUAAAUUGCUGACAGCCCGAGGGUUUGCGUUGCUGACUUCCCGUUCGCCCUUCUCGCCAGCCUCCCCCGUGUUUCUGGUUUAGCUGGGCUUCCUCCGUCUCACGCAUUUUGUGCCAGUGAAAUGAAGUGUUUUCAGCCGCGGGUUCCCCCAGGCUGCAGCCCCCUGUCGCAGGGUUCUGCAGUGCCCUAGCUAGCAGCCACCCCACAUAAAGCAGAGCUAAUACCGACUGACUCUUCGAUGGCAUGAGCACUAAAGCUGCAAUCUACUAUAGCGUCCACCCAUCCUGAGGCAUCGUGUCGAAAGAGACACCAAGUAGCAUUUAAGUUUCACUUCCCUGCAGUGAUUUCCAAGACAAGACCUCACCUUUGCUACUCGUGCAGCUGGAUUGAUUUCAGACGCCUGUUCAAACCGAAAUCGUAACCCUACCAACAAGGCUCCUGGCUUUUUUCGUCCUUUUUUCACAUGGGCUUUUCAUGUAACCUUGACAAAGACCUCAUGCAAUAUCACUUUGAAAGUUACUUUCUGUUUACUACACCAGGCAAUGUAAUAUAACUGUUAAUACUAUUUAUAUAUUUGAAAGGUAUAAAAGGUAGGAGUUAAAAAUGAAAAACGAACCUCUAUGUGUAGAUACUUACUCAGAACAGACAAUAUACAGGGAGAAGACGUUGCAAUACAAGCUAAUUCUAGCUGCUCAGUAACCUCUGGAGUUUUUAAGGGAUUUUUUUCAAAACUAAUGUUUGAAACAUAAGAGUAUCUCUGCAUAAAUUUCAUAUACCUUUGCAAAAUGAUGGUGGGUUGCUUACUUAAUGCCCCUUUUGCUCUUCAUCCUUUAUUUCUGUAGUAUGCUGCAGCUUUAAUCAGAAUUUCAACGGUCGCUGCUUUAUGUUUCUCUCAGAGCUACUCUUUCAAAACUGUCUUCUUAUCCUGUAGCUGAAAUCACUCCAUACAUUUGAAAGGAAACUGAAUUUUGCCAAGCUACGUAAGGUUGUUCAUCUGAUGAUGGCAUCAACAUUUGGUAUCUUUUACACUUCAACCAAAAAUUUUAUUAGGUAUUUUUUCAAUGCUGAGUCUUGCCUUUUUAUUUUUAAUUUCACUGCCAAUUUUGCAGUGGUUCUAAGUGAAUCUGUGGGCAUUUUAGCCUGUGGUCUUGCCAGAACUUUGCGAAUUACAAUGCAUAUAUGUCUAUUUAUUCAAUAUCCAUCAUAUAAUAUCUAUUUGGAGAAAGAAACUUUUCUUGUAGUGCCUCUUAACAAAGCACAAUUUUCCGCCUUUUUUGUGAAAUAAAAAAUAAAAAAAAAACAAAUUGUGUUUUAUUGCGGUAUCAACAAUGUGAAUAAGGAUUAACAUAUUGUAAAUGUUCUUUUUUCCAUGUAAAUCAACUUUAUCUUUGUUAUCACUAAGUGAUAAUUAAUUUUUAACUUAUGUGCAUUGUUAGGCUGUUAGAAUUUUUUGGUUGUUGAAAUA